AAUUCAAAUUUAUUGCAGUUCAAAUUUGUCUGCGAAGAUAAGAACCCAGAUAGAACGUUAACAAUUUCACAAAAAAAUGAAUUUAAAAAUAAUACUUUUAAUUUUUAUGGGUUGCUUAAUGCAAAUACCAUGGAGUGAUUCAGCAAAAAUUUUGGGAUUAUUUACAUCACAGAGUAAAUCUCAUGCAAUAAUUCAUAUGUCAGUGGCAAGAGCACUAAUCGAAAAUGGACAUAAUUUAACAAUUGUCACCACAAUUGAUUUGAACGAAUCAAAUAAAAAUUUUCGACACAUUAAAGUUCCGGGAACCGACAUUCACAAUUUAAUAAAAAAUAUGACACAAAUGAGUACGACUGAAAAAUUUUUUCAUUUCUUUCAUUUGCUUAGCGAAAUGAUGGACAAUUCAAGAGUGGCUUUACAAAGUGCAGAAAUGCAAAAAUUGAUGAAGGAAGAGUCUUUUGAUUUAGUGCUUUUGGGCUAUUUUGUUAAUGAAUAUGAAGUUGGUGUUGCAGCACAUUUUAAAUGUCCUACCAUUAUUAGUUGGAUGGGGGAACCACUCUAUGCGUUAAACAGUUUGGUAGGAAAUCCCAAUGAAAUUUUGUCUAUUCCUCAUCCCGUGUGGGGAGGUAUAGAGAAAAACAUGGGUUUCUUUGGCAGAGUAAAGAAUGUUUUCCUAGGUAUUGUCGAUCAUAUAUUAUGGCGGACAAUACGUAUGACUUAUAAGAGUUAUUAUGUAGAACUAUUUCCACCAGAAAAAUAUCCCUCAUACGAAGAAGCAUUAAAAAAUGUGUCAUUAAUUUUAAGUAACUAUCAUUUUUCUCAGGGUCCAAUUAGAGCCGAUGUUCCCGCCGUGAUACAAAUAGGAGGAAUUCAAAUUGAAGAAAACCCAAAAAAAUUACCAGAGAAAAUUCAAAAACACCUCGAUAGCGCUGGGAAAGACGGAGCAAUAUUUUUCAGUUUAGGUUCAAAUGUUCGUUCAGCUGAUUUAGGUGCAAAUGCUUCUACUGCCAUAUAUAAUGUUUUAUCAUCAUUAAAGCAAAAAGUUGUUUGGAAAUGGGAAACAGAUGAUUUACCAGGAAAAUCGAAAAAUAUUUUAUUUGAAAAAUGGCUUCCACAAAAUAGUGUUUUAGCACAUCCUAACUUAAAAUUAUUUAUUACACAUGGUGGAAGAGGAAGUGUUGUUGAAUCAGAAUAUUUUGGUGUGCCAAUGAUCGGUUUACCAGUUUUUGGUGAUCAAUCAGCAAACGUUGAUCAAUUGGUUGAAGCUGGAUAUGGUCUUCGUUUAGAUCAUUCAGUAUUAACAGAAGAGAAUUUAAGGGAUGCAAUUAAUAAAAUAUUUACAGAUUCAAAAUAUAGUGAAAAUAUAAAACGAUUCAGAGAUUUAUUUCGUGAUAGACCAAUGACACCUAAAGAAAGUGCGGUUUAUUGGGUGAAUUAUGUGUUGAGACAUAAUGGAGCAAAACAUAUGCAAAGUGCUGCCGUUCAUAUGUCAUUUUAUCAGUUGAUGGGUUUGGAUGUAUUAGCUUUUAUCGGGAUUUUAUUGUAUGUGUGGCUCAAAUUAACAAUAUUUACUUGCAAAUUAUUAUGGAGAGCGUCCUGCUACGUUUUGUGUUGUAAAUGUUUUAGAAAAUCUGGUGACAAUAAUAAAAAGGCUAAACUAAAACCUAAAAAGGAAUACAAAGUAAUUCUUAUGGCAAUAGCAUUUUUAACAACUCAAAUAUCAUUUAGUGAAUCUGCAAAUAUUUUAGGAUUAUUUACAUCACGUAUUAAAUCGCAUGUAAUAAUUUAUAUGUCUGUAGCAAGAGCAUUAAUAGAACAUGGACAUAAUCUUACAAUCGUAACAACUGUAGAUUUAGAGGAUUCAAAUUCAAAUUAUCGACAUAUAAAAGUUCCAGGAUCAGAUUAUCAAAAUAUUAUUGGAAAAAUGGUUAAUUUUACAUUGACUCAAAGAUUAUUGAACACUUUCAAUGUGUUUAGUAUAAUGAUGGAAAAUUCAAGAGUUGCUUUAAAGAGUUUGGAAAUGAAAAAUUUAUUAAGUGAAAAUUCAUUUGAUUUAAUACUUUUGGGUUAUUUUAUGAAUGAAUAUGAAAUUGGUGUUGCAGCACAUUUUAAAUGUCCUGUUGUAUUAGUUUGGAUGAUACAACCAUAUCAGCCAAUUAAUACUAUUGUUGGCAAUCCGAGUGAAAUGAUGUAUAUUCCGAAUCCAGUAUGGGUUGGAAAAAUUGAAAUGAAUUUCUUUGGCAGAAUGAAGAAUGUUCUGUUUAGUCUUGUUGACAAUGUUUUAUAUUGGAAUUUGCGGAGAAAAUAUACAGAAUACUAUAAUGAACUAUUUCCACCUGAAAAAUAUCCACCCUACGAGGAAACUUUAAAAAAUAUUUCAUUAGUUUUAAGUAACUAUCACUUUUCGCAAGGUCCGGUUAGAGCUGAUGUUCCAGCAAUAAUACAAAUUGGUGGAAUUCAAAUUGAAGAGAACACCAAACCGUUACCAGAGGAUAUAAAAAAUCAUUUAGAAAAUGCUGGCAAAAACGGUGCAAUAUUAUUUAGUUUAGGAUCAAAUGUUAAAUCAAAUGAUUUAAAUCCAAAUACUAUCAAUAUUAUUUUCAAAGUAUUAACAUCUUUGAAGCAAAAUAUUAUAUGGAAAUGGGAUUCUGGGCAAGUACCAGGAAAUUCUAAAAAUAUAUUAUUUAAAAAUUGGAUUCCACAAAAUGAUAUUUUAGCACAUCCUAAUUUAAAAUUAUUUAUAACACAUGGUGGUAAAGGAAGUGUUGUUGAAUCAGAAUAUUUUGGUGUACCAAUGAUUGGUUUACCAAUUUUCGGUGAUCAAAUAUCAAAUGUUGAUGAAUUUGUUGAAGUUGGUUAUGGUUUACGUUUAGAUUAUAAAAGUUUAUCAGAAUUAGAAUUAAAAAAUGCGAUUAAUGAAAUUCUACUAAACCCAAAAUAUAGUGAAAAUAUAAAAAAUUUUAGUAAAUUAUUUCGUGAUCGACCAAUGACACCAAAAGAAACUGUUGUUUAUUGGGUGAAUUAUGUACUAAGACAUAAUGGAGCAAAACAUAUGCAAAGUACAGCAGUUCAUAUGCCAUUUUAUCAGUUGAUGGGUUUGGAUGUACUAAGUUUUAUCGGAAUUGUACUUUACUUAUUUUUGAAAUUAAUUAAAUUCUUAUGUAAAUUAUUAUGGAAAAUAUUUUGUUAUGUUCUAUGUUGUAAAUGUUUUGGAAGAUCUGUUAAAAAUUAUGAGAGCAAUCAAUUAAAAUCUAAAAAAGAAAUUUGA